GCUGAGCAGCGGGCGGACUGGGGCAGUCGCUGCGGAGAGAGCGGGGCUACAGCGCCGGGCACGGACACCUGCCGGGACUUAGCGGGGCAGCCGAGCUGCACUGGCAGAGCCGCUUCAGUCCCGCUGCGUGCAGCCAGCGUUGCCUUGAGCCGAGUAAAGGGGGUUGGGAAGAUGCUGAAGAGCUGCGGAAGGAAACUGCUCUUGUUCCUGGUCGGGUGCAUGUUCACCUGCCUCUUGGUCCUGAUGGCGGAUCAGCAGAAGCGGCAGGUGGGGGCCCUGGGAGGAGAAGGGGGCAGGCGAGCUCUGCAGAGCUUGGCGAGCCCGGGCCAGCCGCAGCCGCAGGAGGGCGAGCCCGGCUUGGCCCCGCGAGAGGUGACGAGCUUCACCGAUUACUUCAGCAAGCUGAGCCGGGGCAGGCGGGAGGCGCAGGGAGCCGGCAGCCUGGCCCCGCGCCGGGAGGGGACCCCGAGGCCGGCCCUGGAGGACAUCACCGCCCAGGAUGUCUUCAUCGCGGUGAAGACCACCAAGAAGUUCCACAAGGCCCGGCUGGAGCUGCUGCUGGACACCUGGAUCUCCCGGAACAGAGACCUGACCUUCAUCUUCACCGAUGGGGAGGAUGAGGAACUGAAGAAACGCACAGCCAAUGUCAUCAACACCAACUGUUCCGCUGCCCACAGCCGCCAGGCUUUGUCUUGCAAGAUGGCCGUGGAGUACGACAAGUUCAUCGAGUCCGGGAGAAAGUGGUUUUGCCAUGUGGAUGAUGAUAACUAUGUGAAUGUCCGGACCCUGGUGAAGUUGCUGUCUGGCUACCCCCACACACAGGACAUCUACAUCGGCAAACCUAGUCUGGACCGACCCAUUCAAGCCACAGAGCGGAUCAGUGAGAACAAGAUGCAUCCUGUUCAUUUCUGGUUUGCCACUGGGGGAGCAGGUUUCUGUAUUAGUCGCGGGCUGGCGCUGAAGAUGAGCCCAUGGGCGAGUGGGGGUCAUUUCAUGAGCACAGCAGAGAAGAUCCGCCUGCCAGAUGACUGCACCAUCGGGUACAUCAUAGAGUCCGUGCUAGGAGUGAAGCUUAUCCGGAGUAAUCUCUUCCACUCCCACCUGGAGAACCUCCACCAGGUGCCCAAGACAGAGAUUCACAAACAGGUGACGCUGAGCUAUGGCAUGUUUGAAAACAAGAGGAAUUCCAUCCACAUGAAGGGAGCUUUCUCCGCUGAUGAGGAUCCAUCCAGGUUCCGCUCCAUUCACUGCUUGCUGUACCCAGACACGCCAUGGUGCCCCCCGAAUGUGGUGUACUAGGAGACGCUUGUCCCCGUCAACCUCGUCCCAAGUUUCCCUGGUAUCCGAAGGGCUUGUGGGACCUGUAUGUGUGCAUGUGAUUUCCCUGCUGCGAGGCGAAUGGUUAUUAUUGCUGUGAUAAUGCACAGUGUGUGUGGUUUAUAGGCUGCUGUGCGGCCCCUCAUCUCCCCUGCAGGCGGAGAGAGCAGAUUUUUGUGGUGCUGUCUGCUGCCUCCUCUGACAGGCCGGGGGUAGGUGGGAAAGGCUCGGCCCUGAGCACUUACACGUGUGGCCCAGGGUCCAGGCUGGCUUGUGAAGGGUAAGUGUCCUGAACACCAGCCUGCGUGGCUCUACAUGUUGCUUUGCAGUGUUUGCAAUUCUCAUAGAAUGUAUGUGGAAUAAGUGUGUGCCCUGGGCCAGCUCUUUACUGCCAUGGCGUUCUUUUUCCCCUGGAAUUUUACUUUUAAAUGUUCUCUCUAUCCCAUUCUGCCCAACCCUCGCUCCCUUCUCUUCCCGCUUCCCAGAAAGCCAAGCUGCUUUAUUCCACUACCUACCCACCCCAUUCACUUGCCUCCCCCAACCCUUCGGCUCCGGAUACUGUUUCAGAUGAAGGUUCAUUGAUAAUAGUUGUGGCGGGAGGGGGGGUUUAAUACCUCCCUUCUGCUCCCCUUUCUUGCCUCCCUCCAAUGCUGGGGGGAGCAGGGGAAGUUUGCUGGCUCCAGGGGCAGUUCUCUGGACACACUGGAUCUGAGUCCAGGAAAUGCCCUGGAGGAAUUUUGUACUUUGUUGUGUUUCGAGCUGGACUCUCAGAAUCCCAGCUCACUGUAGCACUGAAGGGAGACAGGCUGGGGGAAGGGGAGCAAGGAGAGGGAUUGGUGGUGGAAGCCGAGAAUCAAUGUUGACUCUGUUCACUGGAGUUCCCUAUGCCUCACUGAAAUAUUUUCAGUACUAUAAAGCUAUGCAGUAUUUAUAUAGGAUAAUUUAAAGACAUUUAUAAAGGGGGUGGGGGAGGGUUGCAAAGAGAUGCAUACAUGCUGUGUCCAUGUUUAUGCUAUAUUUAUAUGGAGACAUAACGUCUCCCUUCAGUGCAAAGUCUCUGCCCACUUACCCUUGCCUCUGGAGCAUCUUCGCGGAGGGGGAAAAGUGCUACAAAUGUUUUGUCCCUAACACUAGUGUCCAUCAGGGCCAAUUAUUAACAUACAUACAAUGCACUGUGUAUACCAAUGAAUACUUCAGGUUCAGUGGAGCGAAAACAUUCAGGCUGGGUCUGUCCGGGGGCAUUAGAUGCUCAUGCAGAUGGGGAAUAAAGAGUACUGGGAGGAUUGCCACUAAGGGUCCAAUUUGGGUGCCCCACUGGUGCAAUUCCACUGGCUACAAUGGAGUUAGUCCCGUCGGUAUUGUGAGAUCAGCAUUAGCCCCUGAAUGCAUAAGUCUCUGCCACAGCUAUUGGUCCCAUUCACCACUGAGCUCGAGGGGAGGAGAGAAGUUGGGCAAGCAGCUAUCAAGAAACACCCCUUUCUCCCAAGCACCAUUUCUGGGCUGGCCCAGUAGCUAGGGGCCUGGUGGAGACUCAAGAUAGAUGCUGGAUCAUGGUCGCUGGCCUGCUGAACGCAAUGGGAGUCAGAAGCCUGAAUCCCUGUGAGGAUCUGGGCCUUAGUGCUGUGGGAAAAGGAGCGCCUUGCGCUGCUCAACAGUGCCCCCUCUGGUCAAUGGAGGAUCCGCAGCUGAAGGGAGACAACUGUAGUUUGCUGCAUAACCUGCUCCAGUGGACAGACACUCCUGGCUGUGCAAAUCCCCUGCUCCUGCACUAACAUUGACCUAAAGCUUCCUCGCCCAGGGGGUGAGGGCUAAUUGUGCUCUGCAUGGAUAUGUGGGCAGAGGCAGAACUGUAUGUUUCCAAUGAGAGGCUGAGUGAAAAUGGCCCAUAAUGGGUGCGUCUGUAAAUAUCUUAUUGCGACAGUAAUUUUUUUUACUGUGCUGUUUUUUUUAAUUGAGAAUGAUCUAGGGUUGAAAUUUUUUUAUACAUUUUCUGUGGAUCGGAAAAAAAAACAAAAUCUUCUGAGAAAUCUGUUUGAAAAUGAAAUUGAAAUGUCUUAUAACGCUCACUUACCUUAAUUUAUGUGUUCCAGUAUCUGGAACGUCACUCUCUGCUUUUCAUAACUAGUAUGUGUUUAAAAGAAAUAGAUUGGAAAAGAAAUGACGUGUUCUCAGGGAAUUAAACCUGAUAGUUACCAUGGAAACCCUGUGGUAACCAUCAUUCUUUGCUUUCAAUAAAGCAGCUUAUUUGCUGAUCA